UUUGAAUUUAAAAAGGUUGGUGUUAGUAACUUCCGUAACUUAAUUGUGUUUUUUAUUAAAUAUAAAUUUAUGGUAACAUAUGCAUAUCACAUUAUUUAAGUAAAAUUUCAUGUUGGAUCAAAAGAAGCCAGAAGUGAAGAAGUUCAAUAAAAGCCAUGGAAAUAUUUGGCUAUUAUAUCCACGUGAGCUUAGUCCUAAAGUUGGUCCAGCUCCAAUCAUAUCAUUUCUUCAGUACGAUGAAACUUUUCAUACAAACAUGAGAGUAUAUCUCACUAUAAGUCAAGUUUUCGCUUUAAUACCAUUAAGUGGAAUCAGUGGACCUACAGCAGCAUCAUUACGCUACUCUUUCUGCAGUUUACGCAGCAUCUAUGCCAGGUUUAUACUUACCCUGACUCUUUGUCAUGGUGGUCUAAUACUCUACUUCAACUACAAGACUGGCUUCACUUUCGAUAAAAUAUUUCCCCUAAUUUGGUUUACAGUUAAUCCUUUUGUCAUGUAUCAAUUCAUAAGGAUCGCUCAAAAAUGGCCCAAACUGAUGCAUCAUUGGGAGACCUUUGAAUUGACCACUAGCCAUCGAGAUCCAAGAAUUCACAAACAAAUGCGUCGCAUCAUAAUUUCCACCAGUAUUCUAAUACCAAUGUUUGCAGCUGUUGAACAUUUAUUUUCACUCGGAAACAACAUCAAUACCGCUAGGAAAUGUAAAAAAGCAACAAACACAUUAACGGCAUACUUUAAGGGAGCAUUUCCGGCAUAUUUUCAUUUCUUCGAAGUUAACUAUUUCAACGGAAUCUGCGUCCAGGUUUUGAAUCUCUAUUCCACAUUCACAUGGUCUAUGUCGGAUAGUUUUAUUGUGCUAAUAAGUUUGGGACUGAUAACACAAUUUCGACAUUUUAAUGAGCAUUUUGAGAAAUUUCGAGGCAUGAACCUUCCUCCGGAAUUUUGGGGCAGACAAAGGCUAACGUUUACAAAACUCACCGAAUUACUGGACCAUGUUAACAACGAUUUGGCUGUUUUAAUUUUAACCUCUUUUUCUGUAAAUACAUUUUACAUUUGUGUUCAGCUUUAUGAAAGUGUUUCCCCUGAUGGUGAAUCAGUAAUACGACGAAUUUACUUUUGGUAUUCAUUAAUUUAUUUAAUUGGCAAAACUUUUAUGGUCUCAAUUGUGGCAACUUUCAUUAACGAUGAAGCAAAGAAGCCAAUUAAAGUUUUGGAAUCUGUGCCAGGUUCUGUAUACGGAUCUGAGGCUUCAAGAUUCAUGACUCAAUUAACAACAGGAACAAUUGCUUUGGGUGGAAUGGAUUUUUUUUAUUUAACAAGAGCUUUUCUGAUCAGUAUGGCUGGGACAAUAGUUACGUAUGAAAUUAUAUUGAUACAGCUUAAAACACAACCAGCAGUUGAUAUGAUCCUUGUGAGGGAUAAAUCAAAACAUUACGAUGAAUUUAAAUCGAAAGUCUCACCUCAGCUUGAUGCCCCAUCACACAGUUACGAAGGCACCUUUCACCGCAACAUUAAACUCUGUCAAGUAUUUGCUUUAAUGCCAAUAAAUGGAAUUAGUGGCUUACAAGCGGUAUCCUUGAAGUUCUCAUUUUGCACAUUUCGAAUGUUGUAUACGGUCGUUAUAAUGACAGCCUCAAUUAUAGUCGGAAUAACAACCUUUUACUGGACGAUUCUGCGUGAAUUGAAAUUUGAUAACAUCGUUUCAAUAAUUUGGUUUGUCGUCAAUCCAAUUGCAAUGGGCCAGAACAUCUAUGUCUGCUAUAAAUGGCCAGCAUUGAUGAUGUACUGGGAGGCGGUGGAGUUGGACUACACCAUUCGGGAUGAGAAAACUCAUUUAAUGUUCCGCAGAUUGAUUCUUAUAGCGACUAUAGGUGUUUCGGUGAUGGCUGGGGUUGAACAUUUCUUAUCGCUGGCCAACAAUGUCAAUUCGACUUUGUCGUGCAAUAACCAAACCACAGCAGACCGAGUGAACAUCUAUUUUCGACACGCUUUUCCGGCGUUUUCGGAAUUCUUCGGCAUGAACUACUUUAGUGGAAUAUGCAUGCAGGUGUUGAAUUUGAUUUGCACAUUCACAUGGAACUUCACCGAUAAUUUCGUCUUGAUUGUGAGCUUGGGCCUGAUAACACAGUUUCGACAUUUUAACAUCCAAUUUGACAAGUAUAAGGGAAUGUGUCUACCAGAUGAUUUUUGGGGUAAACAAAGGACCUACUACAAUAAACUUGUCAAUUUGAUUGAUUACGUUAAUAAGGAUUUAGCUGGGAUUAUAUUAAUUUCAUAUACAAAUAAUUUAUUUUAUAUUUGCUUGCAAUUAUUUCACAGUGUUACACCUAGUCAUUCGUUAAUACGCAGCAUAUAUUUUUGGUAUUCCUUGAUUUAUUUAAUUGGACGAAUGGUGGUUGUGUCGAUGACAGCUGCAUUAAUUAAUGAUGAGGCGAAGAAACCAAUUGCAGUUUUACAAUUAGUUCCAGCCACAGUUUAUCGAUCGGAGUCCAAGCGCUUUAUGGAUCAACUAUCUUCUAAUACUGUUGCCUUAAGUGGAAUGCAAUUUUUUCACAUUACCAAAAAAUUCAUGCUUAGUAUCACUGGCACCAUCAUUACAUACGAACUUGUUCUAAUCCAACUUCAACGUGAUCCCAUAGUAGAAGAAGAUAUUUGUAUUGGCUAAAGAUCAUCCUCCACAAGUUCACACCUUCCUAACAAUGCAAAAAUUCACUCGAUC